AUGAUGGAACAUAUUGAUGAAUUCAUUCCUCCAGCCCUUCGAGGAUACAUACCUAGAAUACUGGGAGGUGAGAUGUCGGAUUGGGAGUCUCGGGUGCGGCCAAGUGCGCCGGUGCAGUAUAUCAUUCGUGAUGGGCCCGCUGGAGACAAAUCACAAUCUUCUUCCGUUGACCAAUCUGACCACUCAAGUGAAGGUUCGUAUACCGACAUGCCUCAGCAAACUGUUUACACUAUGGCAGAUAACAUGUCAUACAGUGUACCUGCUUAUGAGUCGGAAAUGGGAGAUGAUGUGGACAUCAUAGAAACCUCAGAUGAUUAUGCAGCAUACUCCUUACCUGGACCAAGCACUAGUUAUGCGGCUGUAGAUCAGGGUCCUCGAACGGUUGCAGUGCGACACAUCAACCCGAUACCACGAACGACUGUUGCGAAUAUGCUCGAAUAUUCUGAAGCAGGCCCCUCGACCUCCAGGACACAGCAAAUACUACCCCGGCAGGUUAAUACCAAACGGCCUGUGUAUGCAAUACCGACCAAUCAAAUUUUUCGAAAAGCGCAGGUGGAUGCCGAUGGCAACAUUGUAUACACACAUAAUAUUCAGCCGAAACGAACCAAGACAGACAACUACAACGUAUAG